UUCAAAAUUCAUUUCAGCGAUUCCUCCUUGCGUUCCAAUUCUGGUCAAUAAAAACAAAACUUCUUCUUCCUUAUUGCCAUAUGGAUUCCCAGGUCUUGCUAGGUGUUGCACUUUCAUCCAUUGGUGGUUUCAGCACUUCCAUCGGUGCACUUUUUGUAAUCAUGAGUCAAGCUCCAAGUUUGAAGGUUCUUGGGCUGUUACAGGGUUUUGCUGCUGGUUUGAUGCUGAGCAUAUCAUUCUUUGAUCUCGCACAUAAUGCCUUGAACACACUUGGCUUCCUCAGAGGCAACCUUUGGUUUUUUGCUGGUGUCAUAUUUUUUGCUGUUGUUGCCAAAUUCAUACCAGAACCAACAGUUACUCCUCCCACUUCAGAUGACAAGAUUACAAAGAAAGUUGGGAAAGAAGGAAAGAAAGACAUUAUGAAAAAGCGUCGCCGUCAAGUUUUACUCAGUGGAGUUAUUACAGCCAUAGGUAUAAGCUUGCAUAAUUUUCCAGAAGGAAUGGCAGUGUACCUUGGAUCCAUGAAGGGCAUUCGUGUUGGUCUUAACCUUGCCCUAGCUAUUGCUCUGCACAAUAUCCCAGAGGGUGUUGCUGUUGCGCUUCCUGUCUAUUUUGCGACACAGAGUAAAUGGGAGGCAUUCAAAUUGGCAUCACUUUCUGGCUUUGCUGAGCCCCUGGGUGUUAUAAUUGUAGCCUGUUUAUUCCCUACCAGCCUAAAUCCUGAGAUUCUUGAAGGUAUCCUUGGAUCAGUUGGAGGAGUGAUGGCUUUUCUAACCCUUCAUGAAAUGUUGCCAUUGGCUUUUGAGUAUGCUGGACAAAAACAAUCUGUUAAGGCCGUCUUUUGUGGGAUGGCUUUCAUGUCUGCAAGCCUCUAUUUUCUACGUAUGAGCUUACCAGAGGACAUGUAACUGGGAUCUAUCUUUCUUUUUUCAAUAAGAUGCAUUUCACAUUGUCAUUAUCAAUGGACUUCUCCACCGAAGCAAGAUGAGGGUCGCAAAUUUCGAUUAACAUUAAUGUACAAUAGUCAAUAGAGAAUAGCAGUAAAACAUGAACAAGGUAGGAUCCAUGUCACAUGUAAUUAUGGCUCCCCAUGUACAAAUAAAAGGAACUAAAAAUGUUGGUCUGUUAUAUUUAAA